AUGGCCGUCCAGACUCCUAAGCAACGCAUAGCCAACGAAAAGUUUGCCAAGCGCAACGAACAGAAGCUGGGUAAGGCCAGAAAGACCACAGCCAAAAAGGGGCCAGCUCUGUCCAAGACCUGGGUUUACGUGCUUCUAUUUCUGCUGAUAGGUGGUGGUAUCCUGGAGCUUAUGACCCUAUUCAUGUGA